CUGCCUCGCUCACUCGUCGUCCGGCGCGCGUCCGAAACGCCUUUCAGUCGUCAGGAGUCUCCUCUCUCCUCUUACCCGUACUCUCUACUCAUACACAUACACGCGCGCGCACCUCUCAACCACCCAACACCACGAUGUCUGGAAUCGCGGAUCCCGUGGCGUUCGCCAAGGAUUUCAUAGCCGGCGGCGUGGCCGCCGCUAUCUCCAAGACCACCGUCGCGCCCAUCGAGCGCGUCAAGUUGCUGCUGCAGGUACAGCACAUCUCCAAGCAGAUCGCCGCGGAUCAGCGUUACAAGGGUAUGAUCGAUUGUUUCGUUCGUAUCCCACGCGAACAAGGAUUCCUCAGUUACUGGCGUGGUAACUUGGCCAACGUCAUCAGAUACUUCCCAACACAGGCCUUGAACUUUGCCUUUAAGGACAAGUACAAGCAGGUUUUCCUCGGUGGUGUCGACAAGAACACUCAGUUCAUGCGCUAUUUCCUUGGAAAUCUCGCGUCCGGUGGUGCCGCCGGAGCCACAUCCCUGUGCUUCGUCUACCCCCUCGACUUUGCCAGAACUAGGUUGGCCGCCGACGUCGGCAAGGUCGGCGGCGAGCGCGAGUUCACGGGAUUGGGUAACUGCUUGACCAAGAUCUUCAAGACCGACGGUCUUAUCGGUCUCUACCGUGGCUUCGGCGUGUCGGUACAAGGUAUCAUCAUUUACCGUGCGUCAUACUUCGGUUUCUACGACACUGCCCGUGGUAUGCUGCCAGAUCCCAAGAAGACGCCGUUCCUAAUCUCGUGGGGUAUCGCCCAGGUCGUUACCACUGUUGCGGGUAUUAUUUCGUAUCCCUUCGACACGGUGCGUAGACGCAUGAUGAUGCAGUCGGGUCGUGCCAAGUCCGAGAUGCAAUACAAGAACACCCUCCAUUGUUGGGCCACGAUCUACAAGUCGGAAGGCGGUACCGCCUUCUUCAAGGGCGCGUUCUCCAACGUUCUCCGCGGUACCGGCGGCGCGCUCGUGCUCGUAUUGUACGACGAGAUCAAGAACCUUCUUUAAAAACGCUAAAAACGAUCCUCGUCUCAUUACUUUCACAAUCACAGACAUCGUCAUUAUUAUCCACACCAUCCGAUUUGAUAGCAAUUCCCGAGGUAGACCGACGGAACAGAAGAGAGAAGGUUACUGUCGGCCAAGUCGAACAAGUAAUUCAGGCUGAGGACGUUGACGUAGCAGCUCGUAAAAAUGCAUGAAACUCGGCAAAAAAUUAUAAACGUAAGGGGGAGGAAAAAAAGGAUAAAAAAAAUAACAUAGAAGAGAAUCUGCUUAACUUAUUGCCGGAUUCAGUAUUUUCCCGCAGCGGCUGACACUACACGUGUGUGUACUUUCGUAAUUCCAUUGUCGUGAGAACGAACGGAAAAACAAAAAGGGACAAACGGAGACAGUCGCGAGAGCAUCGCGAGGACACUUGGAAAAACGUUCCGCAGGUUGAGUAAGUAGAGUAAUAAAGGAAUUAAUAAAAAGUAAAACCGAAAGUAAUAAUUGCCUAGAAAGAAAGAAAAAAAGAAAACCAAGAACAAUCCGAGUCAGCGCACGCGAAACCACAGAAGCGAGAAAGGGGGACGCGCGACGAAAAAUCACCACGACGAUGGCGGGGCGCGUAGCCUGGGCCGCCCCCCGCCCCUUAUUCUCGGCCCGUUGUAGAUAAUUCUUAACUCAUAAUUAAUAAACUAUCAUUUCUCUUUUUUUUUUGUGUCUCCAACGGUAUCAGCAGCCGGUCCACUGAGUUUUUCACUGGACGAUAAUUUAAUUUCGCACUCCAGACGAUUAUGUGUAAGAUGAGAAGUGAGUUACUUCAGAGAAUGUAUGCAUCUAAUCUGUUCAUGUUAGGAUGCAUGCACGGAAAACAAGCAGCAAAUCAAUAAAAAGGAUAUAAAAUU